AUGGCCUCGGCCGGUCUCCAGCUCCUGGCUUUCAUCCUGGCUGUGUCUGGGGUCUCUGGAGUACUUGCUGCCACUCUGCUGCCAAACUGGAAGGUUAAUGCAGAUGCAGGCUCCACCAUUGUAACUGCUAUUGUACAGGUACAUGGGUUGUGGAUGGACUGCACGUGGUACAGCACUGGGAUGUUUAGCUGCACUCUGAAAUACUCCAUUCUGUCGCUCCCCGUCUAUGUGCAGGCUGCGAGGGCUACCAUGGUCCUGGCCUGCAUUCUGUCUGCCUUGGGGAUUUGUACUGCGAUAGUAGGAAUGAAAUGCACUCACUUAGGAGGAGACGCACACACCAAGAGUCACAUUUCCUUUGCUGGAGGAGUCUGCUUCAUCACCGCAGGGAUCUCUGCUUUAAUCCCAACAGUGUGGUACACCAAAGAGAUCAUAUCCAACUUUUUGGAUCUGACUGUUCCAGAAAGCCACAAAUAUGAACCUGGAGGAGCCGUGUACAUUGGGUUCAUUUCAGCGAUGUUACUACUUAUCGCUGGUAUUAUUUUCUGCAUUUCUUAUAUAAAAAAGAACCAAGAACCAUGGAUCUACCCUCCCAAGCAGAGACUUACCUCUACCUGGCAGCCAAAGAACAGGUUAGCAUACAACCUGAAGGAUUAUGUGUAA